AUGGCAGAGGGAUGUGCGAGAAGACUGCAAGGUGCGGGGAGGACCCAUACUGGGAGCAGUCCGGCAAAUCCUACCCACCCGACACACAGCCCUAGAGAGUUGAACGGCAUGCUGCAUGCGCAAGCGGAGGCAGGACCAGCCUCUUCCCUUCUACCCAACGGCCCCUUAACUGAUCAAAAGGAUAAAUACUACACUUUAAUAUCUUUGGAUCUAGUCAGCAUGUUGCUGCCAAAGGCCCGCCGUAUCCUGCGGCCUGUGCGCAUGCAAGAUCUUCCCACUUCCUACUCCACGUGGGAGAGGAUCAACAGCGGGAGCCACUGCCGUAACUACAGCCAUCCAUCUGCAGCAGGAGAUUCUGCGGCAGCUUUCCAUCCUGCUUCCUUGUCAGCUGUUGCAGCAGCCCAACAGUACACCCGACUGUACGAUGCCGAGUUUCUACCGCGGCGCCUUCGACGGAUCAAGAUCUUCUCUUCCCGUCCACCCGAGGAGUUGAGUACCUACUUCCAUGAGAAACUGAACAAGGCCAACUCGAAUCCUCGCUCCAUCAUCAAGCUGUACAGGAAGUAUAUCCGGCUUGAGGAUGAACCCGAUUACGGGUGGUUGGUCCGGUGUUUCUGCCAAUUAGGCAAUGUCUUUGGCUUCAACUCUUUCUGGGCUCCACGCGACAAGCAGCGGAUCCACUCGCUCCCGAGUUUCAAGUUUCUGGUGUAUGACCUCAUCGAACGCAAAGCCCAGAUAGAGCCCGAGAUGGUGCCAAGAUUGCUUUAUGCUUUAACGGCAUUGGAGUAUCGGUCCUACCACCUGCUGCCGACGCUUCUUGAACACAUCGAGGCCAACCUGCAUCGCUGGCGUGUGCCCACUGCCUGCAACAUGGCCCUCUGUUUGGCACUCCUAGGAGUAGGAGACGCUACAGGUAGCAACAACGCCUUUGGCCCUAUUGACGGACUGUCGCGGGAUUACUCUGGCGUCAUCGCACGCCUAGCGCUGCACGUCUAUGACUGCCUGAAGCUUCCCCUCACGCUGCAGGAGCAGAUGUCGCUUGCAGCGGCUGCAGCCGAAGAGCGCGGAAUCAGCCCCGGUGCCCCUCUGGCGCCCACCCUGCAGCCGUAUUUAGACGAAUGUGGCUGCACACCUUUCGAUAAGAUGCCACUCCUGACCUCCGCUAGCUGUGCAACUCUGCCAUUCGCGGGAUUGCAAGCUUUCGAGAAAGCACUUGUCAUGGAGGCCUGUCACGUGGCUGGUUGUCUUCUGUCUGUGCUCGGGUUUGCACCUACUCUCUUGCAUGGGAGUCUUUUUUGCCUCUCUGAGUGCAGCGGCGCGUCCGACAACAACGCUCAGAAACCUCCUCCUAUAGCGUUUUUUCUCGAAAGCGCGUGCCAACAGGCAAGUACUGAAAGCAGAAGCUGCAAUACGUUAUCAGAGGAGACACUGCAGCACAGCGGAUGGUUGCAGCAUUAUUUGUACAAGAUUUUGUAUCUCGCAGAUGUCGAAAAACCCCAAUCAGCGGAAGCAAUCAAACGCGCGGUGCCGUUCGGACUCCAAAAGAGCUUGCACUUGCGAUGGCUUGAUGGCAUUCUGCUAAACGGGCAGCCGCAGGGCAGCGAAGAUCUACAGAGUGAUGUUUUCUCGUGUUUAUCGCGCCUGAACUGCGUUUCAUAUUUGAACUGCUCACUGGGAAGGCCCGACGACGAGCAGCACCUCUUCUUCGCUUCGCUGCUGAUUCGGCAAAGGAACCUGGCGAUCGAGACAGACUACCUCAUGCCAUUGGGUCCUGGCCGGCCCAAGCCUUCUGGAUUGGUUGGGUGUAAACAAAGGCUCUUUUCGAAAUUUGGAGUCAACGUUGCAGUGAUACACAGGUGCCUGUGGGAUCGCCUCUCGUUUGAGCAAAAGGAUAUUCAGAUGAGUCGUCUGCUCUCACACUUCUCAGAAGUCCUUCAGCCACCGACACCCGAGGCUCCCCGAUACAGCGAAGACAAAGGACUGCGAUUUAUGAGGCACAAAACGCAAAAGUUUGAGUCCUGGCCCCCCGAUAAGAUCGAAAUCUAG